CGCGUCGCGGGCUCACGUUGCCGCGCGGGUCGGCGGUGCGGCGGUGCCGCGGGCAGCGAGCGCCGACAUCCGCCGACAGUCAGUCCGGCGCCGACAGCCGCCACGCGCACACGUGUCCACACAAUGGCCGCCGCCCACGCACACUCGCCCUCCGACCGCCGCCCCGACGGCCGCGCUGGCUCGCGCCGCAUUUUCCCACCACAAUUUAAACUCCAAGUUCUCGAAGCCUACAGACGUGAUGCUCAAUGUCGCGGGAACCAGCGCGCGACUGCCAGAAAGUUUGGCAUCCAUCGCCGUCAGAUUCAGAAGUGGCUACAGGCCGAGCCCGCUCUGCGCGCCGCGCUGCUGAGGCGAGCCCCGCAGCCGGCGCCUUCUCCACCGCCAUAUUCCGCCGGCUCCCCCGAGAGCGCGAGGCUGCCGUCGCCGCCGCCCGCAGUACUUCCCACGCCGCCAGUUCAGGUGCCCACGCCGUUGCCGCUGAGCCCUGAGCCGAUAGACCUGUCGGUGCGGCGCCCCACCCCGCCGCCCGCACCACAACCUGCGUUCGUGCCCCGCUCGGCGCCGGAGCCCGCGCGCAAGCCGUUCAAGUUGUUCCGGCCGUACCUGGAUGAGGAGGAUGAGCGGCCACCGCCGCCGCCGCAGGUGCACGUGUUGCACGCGUUCGUCCCCGUGAGCCCGGCGAGCGCGGGCUGCGCGCUGACCGCGUGUGCCGCGCCGCGUUGGUGCGCGCCCAUGCCUUCGUUCCCGGCGCCGCUCAGAUGAGAGCCUGCAGCCGGGGCCGGGCCCCGCUCCUCCUGUGAUCUAGUCGCCGACGCCCGCCUGACGCCUCCCGGGGCGUAGCCCUCCAUCAUCGUGCCUUAAUGUACACACGCCAUAGUGCAUUAUGCCGUCAUCUCGAGAUGACUGCUUAUUUUUGUGUAUUGUAUAAGAACGUAUUUUUAUAUUGUGGAGUUUAUGAAGCGUACAUUAUUAUAAAGAUUGAUUAGGUAUUAAUGCAAUUAUUACUAUUAUAAUGAAUGAAUAAAGAGAAUUGUUUUAAUAAAA